AUGUCCUUUCUUCGCAAGACCUCCGAUGCCUAUACCCUUUCCGCGGUCUUUCCGACGUACCUAAUCCCCUCGGUGCCUUUCCGCCGCAAGUCUCGCCAGUCGAGCACCGAUAGCAACAGCUCUGACGAUUCCACGACUUCGACUCUCUCCGUUUCCGGUUCGGUGCCCUCAUCCUCCUCCAACCCGUUCGUGAGAUACCCGACCCCGACACCAAUACCUGCUUUAUCGGCCUCGUCGGCGAUUCUUCCUCCCGACGACAAAUUGCUCCACGGGCACAGCUCUCACAUCCAAUGCGCAAAAUGUUCCACGGAUUUGUGUCUUACGUCGCAGAUCAUCAGCAAAGGCUUCACCGGAAGACACGGCAGGGCCUACCUGGUCCAGGGCACCACUAGCCAUAUACGCACCACAACUUCAGCCCUCCCCAAUACCUUCUUGAACAAACCCAUACCCCGCAACUUGGUGACGGGCCAGCACAUUGUCAGCGACAUCAGCUGUGCCAUCUGCGGGAGUAACCUGGGCUGGAAAUACGUGCAGGCCAGCGAGGAGAGCCAAAAGUACAAAGUGGGCAAAUUCAUCCUCGAGACUAAGAGGAUCCGCACAAACGUCUCUUGGGAGAACGAGGCCGACGACGGGGAUCCUGGGCUACAGACAUAUGAUGAAGUUCUGGCCCUCCCACCCCGAGAAUUGAAGACGCUUGGUGGAGGAGGAGGCCCGUCGAACAUCACCGGCGACGAUGAUCUGGAAUUCGAUUCGCAGGACGAAGAUGAGUGCGAGGAUCUGUUCGCCGGCGUGUGGACCCCCGAACUCGCCGCGACGAGGAGACAGAGGAAGAAACAGCGCCUGUUCGGAAAGCGGCCUGUGGCUGCCUUGAUGAACCUAGGCGCCACGAGCAGCGUCGACACCUUGUCGUGA